CUUAUUGUGGCAUUAUCAACCGGUUGUUAAGAAAGACUAGACCUAUUUGGAUGAUGUAGUUGUUUAUUUUUCAAACACAGCCUAAAGAGUUUUCUUGUUCUUCCUAAAUUGCUCCUGCAGCUUGGAAUGAUAUAUACAACCACAAAACUAUCUCAUGCCUAGAAAGCUAACUCUACCCAUGUAUUUACCUAGGAUGCUUCUGCAGCCUAUGUUAGCAUGGGUUUUGGGAUCAGCUGUUCUUGCUGCUGCUGCUGCUUCCGCUGCUGACGAAACCUCAUCUGUUUGCUCACGUACUUGCGAUCAAAUUAAAGUCCCGUACCCAUUUGGCACAAAGGAAGGAUGCUACAUGGAAGAACAUUUUCAUGUUACUUGUGACCACUCUACCGACCCUCACAAGCUGUAUUUAAAUACGAGUGAUGCUAACAUAGAGAUCAGAGACAUACUUCUUUCUGGUGAAUUGCACAUAUCAUCCCAAAUAGCGCGUGAUUGCUACAAUAAACAGGGGGUUCAGGUUUUCAACAAUCAAAUCUCAGUCAGAUCCGGCAAAUUCCCCAUCUCAAUCACCCGAAAUAAGUUCAUAGCCAUAGGCUGUGACACCUACGGUGUUAUUGAGGGUUUUGACGGACAAAACUAUAGCACGGGUUGCUGGUCACAAUGUGACAAUAUCAACAAAGUGAUCAACGGCUCUUGUUCUGGUAUUGGCUGCUGUGAGAAAAGUAUCCCAAAAGGAGUGACGAGUUUCAAAUUCAAUGUUAGUAGCCAUGACAAACAUACCCGUGUUUGGGAGUUCAAUCCGUGCAGUUAUGCUUUUGUAGCUGAAGAAACUAAUUAUGCCUUCUCUUCUGUAGAUCUUGCAAGCUUACAAAAUAGAUCAAUGGUUCCAGUGGUGCUUGAUUGGGCAGUAGGGAACCAAAGAUGUAAUGAAGCCAAAAAAAAUCUAACUAGUUUUGCUUGCAAGGCUAAUAGCCACUGUUAUGACUUUGACAAUGGUCCUGGGUAUCGCUGCAAUUGCUCCCAGGGAUAUGAAGGGAACCCUUAUUCUCCUAAUGGUUGUUCAGAUAUUGAUGAGUGCGUUAUUUCAAGCCCAAGCCCCUGCAACAUCACAUGCCAAAAUUUACCUGGCACAUACAAUUGUUCUUGUCCAGAGGGCUAUGAAGGUGAUGGAAGAACAGAUGGAUCAGGUUGCAGUCCAAUUCCAAAUUCCAACAACAUCCCUCCCUUGAUUAAGAUUGCACUGGGCAUAAGCAUAGGCGUAUCAGUGCUACUUCUUGGUGGCUCCUGGCUAUAUUGUGGAUUUAGGCAAAGGAAUAUCAUCAAUCUCAGAGAGAAGUUCUUUCAGCAAAAUGGUGGCAUCAUGUUACAACAACAACUUUCCAUGCGUGAAGGAUCAGUACAAUACGCUAAAAUCUUUACUGCAGAGGACCUUGAGAAGGCAACAAACAACUACCAUGAAAGUAGAAUCCUGGGCCAAGGUGGCCAAGGAACAGUCUACAAGGGAGUAUUAGCAGAUACCACCGUAGUUGCCAUCAAGAAGGCCAAAGUAGCAGAACAGAGCCAGUCCCAAAUUGAGCAAUUCAUUAAUGAAGUCAUAAUUCUCUCCCAAGUCAACCAUAGGAAUGUUGUGAAACUCCUAGGGUGUUGCUUGGAGACACAAGUUCCUUUACUAGUCUAUGAAUUUAUUACCAAUGGGACUCUCUAUGACCACAUACACACUGUUGGUGGCACAACCUCAAUGUCAUGGGAGAAUCGUUUAAGGAUAGCAACAGAAACUGCAGCAGCCCUUUCAUAUUUGCACUCUGCCGCUAGCACUCCUAUCAUUCAUAGAGAUGUUAAGUCCACUAACAUACUAUUAGACGACAAUUACGUUGCAAAAGUAUCCGAUUUUGGCUCUUCAAGGUUGAUCCCCAUGGACCAAACUCAGUUAACCACAUUGGUUCAAGGGACACUUGGUUACUUGGACCCAGAGUACUUCCAAACAAGCCAAUUGACUGAGAGGAGUGAUGUUUACAGCUUUGGGGUUGUCCUUGUAGAAUUGCUAACCAGCAAGAAAGCAAUUUCUUUUGACAGGCCUGAAGCAGAAAGAAAUUUAGCAAUGUAUUUUAUUUCAGCAAUGAAAGAAGAUUGCUUAUUUGAAAUUGUUGAUGAACAGGUGAUAAAUGAUGCAAAGGCUGACCAACUAAAAGAAGUUGCUAGUUUAACAAACAGAUGCUUAAGAGUGAAAGGUGAUGAAAGGCCAACCAUGAAGGAAGUGGCAAUGGAGCUAGAGGGAUUGAGAAUGAUGGAGAAAAACUCAUGGUUAAAUGACAAGAAAAAUUUAGAAGAGACUCAGUAUUUGCUUGGAGAUCAACUUUCAAAUGCUUAUGGUGGUGGCACUAGUAUGAGCAAUUCAACAGCUUAUGAUAGCAUAGCAAACAAUGCCAUGACACCAUUUCAUAGUGGAAGAUAAGGUGUUGCUUAUGAUGCUCUAUGCUCAUUAGAUGUUUUGUAAUAUUUUUAUUUCAGCCAAUUUGUCAAAUAACCCUGUGAAUUGUUUUGAAUAUUUGGUUAUAUAUGUUGAGGUUGAAUUUGUUUGAAUUUA